AUGCCUCCGCCGCGAGGUGACGUGACCGUCUUAUUCCUGGGACCUCCGGGCUCCGGAAAAUCUGCGCUGAUCGCAGCGCUGUGCGAUAAAGAUGUGGAGACGGUCGAGAUCCCCGACGGCCGGCCGGAUUCCGGGCUCCCCAGCCUGCGAGCUGCAGGCCCAGGCCUUUUCCUGGGCGAGCUGAGCUGCCCCCCCGCUGAGCCGGGACCCUGGGCGGCGGAGGCCAACGUGCUGGUACUGGUGCUGCCAAGCCCCGAGGGCAAUGAGGAGCCCUUGGCCCCGGCGCUGGGGGAGGCAGCACGGGCCGCCGUGGCCCGAGGGACUCCGCUGCUGGCUGUGCGGAACCUCCGACCCGAGGAGUCGCAGAAUGAAGCCCAGGCCCGGGAUCAGACCGCGGCCCUGCUGGACAGCGCCGGGUUGGGCGCCGCUGCUCUCUUCGUGCCACGGACCGACUGCCUCAGCACCGACGGCUGCGAGGAGCUGGAGCGCCUGCGAGCGGCGCUGCGGAGCCAGGCCGAGGCGCUGCAGAGGCUCCUUCCACCAGCUCAGGAUGGCUUCGAGGUGUUGGGCGCAGCGGAGUUGGAGGCUGUGCGGGAGGCCUUUGAGACAGGGGGCCUGGAGGCGGCCCUGUCGUGGGUUCGGGCAGGCCUGGAGCGACUGGGCAGCGCGCGCCUGGACCUGGCCGUGGCCGGUAGGGCUGACGUGGGCCUUGUGUUGGACGUGCUCCUCGGGUUAGAUCCUGAAGAUCUGGGUGCAGUGCCUGCUGCGGAGCCUGCGGGGCCCACGCCCUACCCGGCCCCAGAGCGCCCCAACGUGGUGCUCUGGAGCGUGCCUCUGGGCUCCGCGGACACCACCGUCGCCCCGUAUCCAACCACCCACUACGACGCUCUCAUCCUCGUCACCCCUGGGGCUCCCACUGAGAAGGACUGGGCCCAGGUCCGGCCUUUGGUGCUACCGGAUACACCGCUGGUCUGCGUGCGAACAGACGGCGAGGGCGAGGACCCGGAGUCUCUGGACGAAGAGGAAAAGGCAGAGAAGUCUGGCGGCGAGAGCUUAGAGAACGCAGGCGGAGAGGGGUUUGAGAAUGCCCGCAGUGAUGGAAACGAGAAAUGCGGCCCCGGAUUGCAAAAGGGAGGGAGUGGGGAAGGUUCAGAGGAAGCAGGCACGGAGAGUUUGCAGCCGGUGGGCGUCGGCGCGAAGAAAUCCGGCGGCGGGGACUCGGAGCGCGCGGCCGCCCUGAGCCCCGAGGACGAGACGUGGGAGGUGCUGGAGGAGGCGCCACCGCCUGUGUUCCCGCUGCGGCCGGGCGGGCUCCCGGGGUUGUGCGAGUGGCUGCAGCGCGCGCUCCCCGCGGCCCAGGCGGGGGCGCUGCUGCUGGCGCUGCCGCCUGCGUCUCCCCGCGCGGCCCGGACCAAGGCUGCGGCGCUGCGGGCCGGGGCAUGGCGGCCGGCCCUGCUGGCUAGCCUGGCUGCGGCGGCAGCCCCAGUCCCAGGGCUGGGCUGGGCGUGUGACGUGGCGCUCCUGCGAGGUCAGCUAGCGGAGUGGCGGCGGGCGCUGGGGCUCGAACCCGCGGCGCUGGCCCGACGCGAGCGCGCGCUGGGCCUGGCGCCCGGGGAGCUGGCCCAGCGGACAAGCUUCCCAGGCCCGGUGACGCGAGCAGAAGUGGAGACGAGGCUGGGCUCGUGGGCGGGCGAGGGCACCGCCGGGGGUGCGGCGCUGGGCGCGCUCUCCUUCCUGUGGCCGGCGGGCGGCGCGGCGGCCACCGGGGGCUUGGGCUACCGCGCGGCGCACGGCGUCCUGCUGCAGGCGCUGGACGAGAUGUGCACGGACGCGGAGGCAGUGCUGGCGCCACAGGUGCCUGCGCAGUGA